AUGUCUACGACCGGAAUUAACCCCUCAAGAACCAAGAUUCGCUACACCACUGGCAAUCCCUACGAACAGCGCUACGGCUACGAUCGCGCCAUCAGAAAGGGAUCCUUCAUCUUCGUCUCCGGUACGACCGCAAUCGACAAAACCACUGGAGUGCUGCAAGCACCAGGUAAUGCCUACGAUCAAGCAGGUUUUGCGAUGAGGGAAUGCAUCUCCGCUGUCGAAGCCCUGGAUGGUAAAAAGGAGGACAUUUGCCGGAUUAGGAUCUUUGUUGCCGGCGGUGCGUGCCAGAAACACGACAAUACAGAAGCUAUCGGAAAGCAAUUUAGGGAGAAUUUCGUCACAAGCUUGAAGGACGCUGAUGUUGGGAUCGCGGCUACCAUGAUUGUGGUUGGUGAAGGAGGUUUUGUGGAUCCAGAGAUGCUGGUAGAGGUUGAGGUGGACGCCAUCGUGUUGUAA